AUCAAACUGGACAAUAAUUUUGAGCCAGAGGGAGUAUGUCCUUUGAUGAAUGAACAGUUGACCCUUUUCAACAACCUAGACGUGCCCCCAAGUAGAUGGCCAAAAAGCUAGAGUAAAGAUUACACAUUUCUUGGAGAAUCUUUUCUGCUGCUACGUGCUUCCAUGUCUAAAUGUUCUGCUGAAAAUGCAAAUGCACUUUUUCACUAGAAAAACUCAAUGGAAGUUGCAAACAGAACUAGCACUGAUUGAUUCUUGGAUCAAUAUGGCAACCAUUUCAGUUCCUAAGAGGAUAUCUAGAUCAUCCCAAAUAGUUAAGGCAAAUGACUUCACUUUCUCCCUUGGGUUCUUAGCUGAAAUUCUUUAUCGCAUUCCGGCUGCGGUUAUUGUCUUGAUUAUCAUCUUUCUGUGGUGCACUUCCACCACCAUUAUCUCUGGCAAUAUAGUCCACGUAUGCUUGUCAUCUCGAAAGCUCAAUCUCUACUGCAUUUCGGCAGGGACACAGCCAAAAUUUGAUAUUCCUACUAAUUCAUUGGUCAAUGGAAAUUCAAUUUUGAAUAGUGCAGAAAAAGCUGCAGACGAAGGCUCAGUUCUUGCUAUCCAUAGUAGGGAGAAAGCUGAAAAUAAGGGCAUGGAGACUCUAGUCGACGAUGGAGGUGGGAAAAUGGAUCAUCUGCAAAAUGAUGCAAACAUUGCGUUGAAGAAUUCAGUUUCUACAUCCAACAAGGUAGAUGUCAGUGGCAAAAAGAAUCAUGUGACAGAUGAUGGAAACAUUGCGCCGAAAAACACAGUUUUUAUGUCCAACAAGGUGGAUGGAAGUGGCAUAAUGGGUCAUGUAAAAGAUGAUGGUAACAUUGUACCAAAGAAUACAGUUUCUAUGUCCAACAAGGUGGAUGGGAGCAACAUUAUGGAUCGCACAAAAAAUGAUGAAAACAUUGUGCAGAAGAAUGCAGUUUCUAUGCUGAACAAGGUGGGUAGAAAUGGCGAAAUGGACAGCGUGAAAGGUAAUGGAAAUAUUAAGCUGAAGAAUUCAAUUCCCAUAUUCAACCAGGAGCAAGCAAAAGCAUUAACCAAAACUGAAAGAAGGAACAGAACUGAAAUAGUGGAAGUUGAGUCAAAGAAUGCAAUGCCUACCAUCUAUGAAGGCAAUGACAAGAAGACAGAUGAGGAGUUGGCGAUCGCCUUGAUGGAUGUGAAGGAUCAGAUACGAAUUCAGCGAUCGUGGAUAUCUUCAAACCAAAGGAGCACAAACUGUGAUGGAAGGGGAGUUUAUGUAUAUGAUCUCCCUUCAAAGUUCAACAAAGACAUAUUAGUCCAGUGUAAUGACAUGAUUCCAUGGGCUGAUCUCUGCAAUAACUUCAGCCACGACGCCUUAGGCGAGCCGAUACAGAGGCUUGGUAAAGGAUGGUACCAGACUCACCAGUAUGCUUUGGAGCCAAUCUUCCAUUCCAGGGUUCUAAAGCAUCCUUGCAAAGUAUACAACCAAAAUGAGGCCAAGCUCUUUUAUGUUCCGUAUUAUGGUGGACUCGAAGCCUUGAGAUGGCAUUUCAAGAAUGUCUCCAAUGAUGUUAAGGACUCUUUAUCUCAAGAACUUAUUAGGUGGCUGGAGACACAAUACAGUUGGAAUCAGAAUUCAGGUAAAGAUCAUUUUUUCGUAUUAGGUAAAAUUUCAUGGGAUUUCAGGAGAAACAAUGCAUCUGCAUGGGGGACCAAGUUCCUGGAGCUUGAUGAAAUGCAAAAUCCAAUCAAGCUUUUGAUUGAAAAGAAUCCAUGGCAUGUAAAUGACAUCAGCAUCCCACAUCCAACCUACUUUCACCCUCAAACAGACAAUGACAUUAUCACAUGGCAGCAGAAGAUUAUCAGCUCAUAUCGCAGAAAACUAGUGAGCUUCGCAGGCGGUUCAAGACCCGAUUCUCCCAACAACAUCCGUUCGAUAUUGAUUCAGCAAUGCAUUUCCAUGGCCAAUGGAGAUUGCAAAUUCCUAGACUGCAACUCAGGCUCUUGUGAUCAACCAGAGACAUUGAUUGAGCUCUUUACGGAAUCAGAAUUCUGUUUACAACCUCCUGGCGACAGCGCAACGAGAAAAUCAGUGUUUGAUUCUCUAAUAUCAGGUUGCAUUCCAGUAUUCUUCGAUCCCUUUACAGCUCACUAUCAGUAUCCUUGGCAUUUACCAGAAGAUCAUGAGAACUAUUCGGUAUUCAUAGAUCAAGAUGAGGUCAGAAAUAAGCAGGUCAGUGUUGCUGAAAGGCUUGUAAAGAUCACCAAGGAUAAAAGAGAUGACAUGAGGAGAUACAUUGUCUAUGAACUGCUACCUAGAUUAGUAUAUGCAGAUUCAAAUUCAAAGCUUGAGAUCUUUCAGGAUGCUUUUUCUGUAACAAUGAAUAAUCUGAUUGAAAGGAUGAACAAACUUUAG